GAUCAUGAAGAAGCUAAUUGUCUGCCUUAGUGUGCUGGCCGUCUGUCUAGGCUUCGAGCUGGACGAGGAACCGGAGGAAAUUGCACCGUAUACUGUUAUUAAGGAUGCUGGGUCGUACGAGCUGAGGGUGUACGAGUCAGCCAAAUGGGUGUGUCACGACGAGAUGAGAAAGAGGCCUAAGAUGUACAUCAGCUUCAUGAAACUCUUUGGCUACAUCACGGGCGAGAACGAAAAGGGCUACACGAUCAACAUGACAGCCCCCGUCACCAUGAUGGAAGAGCCAGUUGAUGACGUCAGCAACAGGUACCAGAUGUGUUUCUACAUCCCAGCCGCCCAUCAGCUAGACCCACCCACACCCACCGAUACCGAGGUUUACAUUGAGGUCCGCCCGCGCCUGACUCUGGCAACCAGAACCUUCAGCGGCUGGGUGAGGAAGAUGCGUGAGUGGGUCACUCACAAAAACGCACUAGAGCAGGUCCUCAAAGCUGCCGGUGAACAGGGCGUCGACUACACGCGUUUCUAUGGAGCUGGCUACGAUUCUCCCAUGAAAUACAAAAACCGUAGGAACGAAGUGUGGUUCGUGGUGGACCAGUAAGAACCACAACAGGCUAGUGGUUCUAGCUCGUCGACGGCAACCGGACGUGAUGGUUCUGCACUGGAUAUUCGUUGGCCUUCACUUACGAAAUAGCUACUAUGUUUUUUUGUAUUUGUUUUUCAUUGUUGCGCUUUCAAAAUUAUGCUUGAGUCAGAAGUUCAGGAUCGAAAAAUAAUGUUAAGAAAUAAUUUGUGGUCUAAAUAAAUUGUGGUAAACAA